GGUCCGGAUGAACUCCAAGAAACAUCCAGGGAGGUAGUAAACCGGGAACAGUAAAUUCGUUCGUCUGUGUCGAAUCAUAAAAUAUAACUAUAAAAUGAGUAAUUCGUAAUAUAAAUUGAUGCCAACGGUCGAAAGAAAAGGUACUAAAACCUUGGAAAGUACUCUCGUUUCAAGAUUGGAUAUGAUAAAUUAUCAUAAUAACCAGAGGUGAGGCAGCACGCGGCAUCUUAAAACAUUUAUUGCUGAACAAAUUAUCACCUAUUCAGCAAGAUCGCGGUCACUCGCGGAGUUCGUCCCGCACAAACUGGAAUACCUCAGUCUCAAUCCGUAGUAGCAGUUCAGAAGAUGUACUCCGAAUGUGAUCAUUUCGUGUAAAGUGAAGAAGUGAAGAAUUGUGGGUUCUUGAAAGCAAACACAAAAAUGGAUUCCACCGAUCUCCGCCACGAAACCAUAACCUUUACGGCCCUCGAGCCAUCGGAUCAUCACCCCAGCCGUCGGCCACGACCCUGUGUGAAACGGAUACUUCACGCCGGGGAUACCCUGCUGUCGCUGUUCGUGAUCAGCCCGCUGGUGGUCAGCCACUGGCGGGGUACCUGGGGCUACAUGGACUUAAACGGGGAGUACUUUCCCGCGUGGCACUCGUUCGCGCUGGGGUCAAUCUUGCACACGGCACUCGCGCUGUUGCGGGAACCACUGCAGGCGGAAUUUUCCGGCCCGAGUCGCCAGGGUCAGGCGAAAAGUUGCUGGCGAACCGUGCGCCGAUUUCUGGUGAUCAAAGUAUACACGUACGUGUUCAGCAUCAGCUGUAUCAUGCACUGGCGCGGCGGAUGGGACGUGAUGCGGAUGUAUCUGGAUCACGACGUGUGGCCGGCAAUGACGGUGUCCGCCAUCUGCUUCGUUCCGCUUGUGCUAAUGAAAUCGGUCCGCAACCUGCUCGCGCCGCCCUUUCUAAUCCUGACCGACCACAAGGAGUGUGCGUUCAGCUUUCCGACGCGGUUUCGAAUACAGCAAGAAUACUGA